GGCAUCUCCUCAGUAGCAUCAGCAGCUCGCACAUAGUCAGCCCAUUGAUUUAUUCAUUCUUCUUAGCGUUCAGUAGCCAUGGCUGUUUCUCUAAAAACACUAACUUCCUCUCUGGUGUUCUUAUUUCUUUUCUUGAGCUUCACAGAAGCAAGAGAAGUACUGGUUGGCGGCAAGACAGAUGCCUGGAAGAUCCCAUCGUCGGAAUCUGACUCCCUCAACAAAUGGGCUGAAAAUUCCCGCUUCCGCAUCGGCGACUAUCUUGUGUGGAAAUAUGAUGGUGGGAAGGACUCGGUGCUGCAAGUGACAAAGGAGGCUUACCAGAGCUGCAAUAUUACAGAUCCAGUUGCAGAGUACAAAGAUGGGGACACCAAGGUGAAGCUGGAGCGACCUGGACCAUUCUAUUUCAUUAGUGGAGCGAAGGGACACUGCGAACAAGGGCAGAAAUUGAUUGUGGUUGUUUUGACUCCAAGGCACAGGUACACUGCCAUCUCUCCGGCACCUUCUCCUGUUGAAUUUGAGGCUCCUGCCAUUGCUCCCACGAGCUCUUCUACAAGCUUCAAGGCUGGUUUUGUGGUGGCAUUGGGGCUUUUGGUUUUGGGGUUGUUUUGAGACAAUAUUGCAGGCUCAAUGAUUGAUGAA